UAAAGGACCUUCGUGCAUAGCUUCUGCUGCUCAAUAUCGAGAACCAGACCACUCAUAAACUCAGUAACUCACAGCUCAAUCUCCCAGUCAGUCUCCCAGAGAAUUAAGCAGCUAGCAGAGAGCUCCUGGGGAUGGCGUUCCUGCGGUACCGCGGGCUGCCGGAGGGCGAGGUGACGGCGGAGGAGUUCUGGGCGUGGCUGGGGCAGUUCGACGCGGACCACGACGGGCGGAUCAGCCGGGAGGAGCUGCAGCGCGCGCUAAGGAGCCUCAACCUGUGGUUCGCCUCGUGGAAGGCCCGCCAGGGGCUGCGCGCCGCCGACGCCGACCGCGACGGCGCCGUCGUCGGCGGGGACGAGGCCGGCCGCCUCUUCGCCUACGCGCAGAGGUGCCUCCACGUCAAGAUCACCCAACUCGGAUCCUACUGAAGGCUGACUGAUCAUCGGGCUUGGCGUGAUCGAGUUAAUUUCCUGGUGUAUUUGUGAAAAUGUGUUUGCUGUAUGGAGAUCGAUCGGUUUAAUUUCUGUCUGACUUGUGAAGUGUGGGGGUGUGAGAUGGGAUGGACUCUUUUUCUCUUGUGGUAACUCCUUUCGAGGGUUCUAAGGUGUUUUCCGUACAAGUGUUUUCAGCACCAUGAGGCGUGAGCUCUGUUCAGAUUUGGGAGUUGUUCAAAAAUAAUGCUGGUCUAGAUGUUUUUGCUGAUU